AGAAGAAGAAGAGCGAUUUAUCAAUAUUAUAACAUCCACAGUUGUUGAAGAUUUCAAACUGAAAAUACCACCGAGUUUCAUGGAAAAAUAUGGAACAACAUUAUCAAGCCAUGUUACAUUGACUGUCCCAAACAAUGUUGUCUGGGAAGUGAGACUGAUCAAUGACAAAAGUGAAAUUUUGCUCGACAAAGACUUCAUAGAAUUCUAUUCAAUUGGAUAUGGUCAUGUUUUUCGAUUCAAAUACAAAGGGAAUUCUGAUUUUAACCUCAUCAUCUUCGACAUGACUGCCUCCGAGAUUAAUUACCCUCCUCCACGACGUCCACAAACUGAGGAUGUUCCUCAGACGAGCGAGGAACAAUCGGUAGAAAUAUUGCGAGUUACUCCGAGUUGCAACAAAAGAAAAUUCAGUAGAAGAGCCGUAACACGUUCUAUGCAUAAAAGUUUAGGAAAGGAAAUUGAGGUACAUCAAAAAUCUAUCAAAGAAGAUGAUGAUGAAACUAAGACAGCCAUUGAGAGAGCCAAAAAUCUCAAUACAAAUAAUCCCCUAACUGUUGUGACAGUUCAUUCAACUUAUAAUGCUUCGAUGGCAAUUAUUUCCAAGGGAUUCGUUGAAGAGCAUAUGGUGGGAAGCGACGGUCAAAUGAUUAAGGAACUCACACUAGAGAUUGCGAGUACUAACGAAGGACGGACCAAGCAACGCAAAGUUAAGAAGGAAAUUAUAGAACAGAACCAGCAAUGGAAAGUUAAGUGUCAUCACAAGGAAAAGAAGGAAAUUAUCAUAAAUUGGCGCAAAUUUGUGAAAGAAAACCACGUGAAAUUGGGUGAUGUUUGUGCGUUUGAGCUCGUCGAAGGUGGUGACAUUGAUGUCAAAGUCUUUCUUGUUCACAUAUUUCGUGUCGGAGUUUAGAAGGGAGGAUCCUUUUUGUUUACUAAAUAUCAAUCUCCUUUUCAUAGCUAAUAUUUCGAUGAACUAGUAUAUUGUGAAAGUGUUUUGGUUAGGGAAAUUUGUUUUU